CUCCCUUCCCCCUGCUUCAGCUGCCGAGCUCUGAGCAGCGCCCAGAAUGGAAGCCAUCGCCAAGUAUGACUUCAAAGCUACUGCGGACGACGAGCUGAGCUUCAAGAGGGGGGACAUCCUCAAGGUCUUGAAUGAAGAAUGUGAUCAGAACUGGUACAAGGCAGAGCUUAAUGGGAAGGACGGCUUCAUUCCCAAGAAUUACAUUGAAAUGAAACCUCACCCGUGGUUUUUUGGCAAAAUCCCCAGAGCAAAGGCUGAAGAAAUGCUUAGCAAACAGCGGCAUGACGGGGCCUUCCUCAUCCGAGAGAGUGAGAGCGCUCCUGGGGAUUUCUCCCUCUCUGUCAAGUUUGGCAAUGACGUGCAGCACUUCAAGGUGCUCCGGGACGGGGCUGGCAAGUACUUCCUGUGGGUGGUGAAGUUCAACUCUCUGAACGAGCUGGUAGAUUACCACAGAUCUACAUCUGUCUCCAGAAACCAGCAGAUAUUCCUCCGGGACAUAGAACAGGUGCCACAGCAGCCGACGUACGUCCAGGCUCUCUUUGACUUUGACCCCCAGGAGGAUGGCGAAUUGGGCUUCCGUCGAGGAGACUUUAUCCAUGUCAUGGAUAACUCGGACCCCAACUGGUGGAAAGGCUCCUGUCACGGCCAGACCGGCAUGUUCCCUCGCAACUACGUCACCCCCGUGAACCGGAAUGUCUAGGAGGCCAGAGGAGAUAUUUAAAGAGUGAAAAUUUUAAAACACGUACAGAAGAGGUCACAGCCUACAAGCUGCCUCUCCCAGCAGCCUGUGGGGCGCAGACACCUGGCGGGUCACCCCGUGGCCCUCCAUUGUGUCAGGACUCUGGGGGGGGUGGGGGGGUUGGAUAUAAAAAUGCCAAAAUGUACCUAUAAAUUAAGAAAGAGUUUUUAUUACAAAUUUUCACCGCUGCUCCUCUGCCCCGCCUUUGUCCUUCUCCCCACUCUGUCCGUCAGUGCAUGAUGCCUCCUGCCACGUAUAGUCCUAGCUGAUGCCGACAAUAAAAGACACCAA